AUGUCUGACCAACCUCCCUCACACGGUGGCCAUCCGAACUAUGCGCAACAAUGGCCUCCCGCAUAUCCCUCGAUGAUUCCCUCAAACUUUCCCAUCACUUCAGACUAUUCUCACACGAAUCAGCCUCCAGCGACAAAUCCCAGGUCAACAUUUGACUAUAACAUGGCAAGCGUCAACGCGAAUUCGCGAACCCCAGGUUCAAAUGGCCCUGGAAACUUGGCAUUCGUUCCGCCUCAAUUCCCCUUCUUCAAUAAUUUCGAUGCUUCACAAUUUCCACCUCCUUUCCCUCCAAUGCCGUUUGUUCCGAUGGGUUAUCCUCCAAUGCCAACGGGGUCCUCAAAUGGCCCUAUGUCAUAUCAGGGUAUGGACGGACGUGGAACACACCAACUCUCAACACCGGCCAUACACUUGAAAGAUGCCCCAGCUCCGGCAGAUAACCACCGCGAGGAAGGCGAAGUUAGUGAGGAAUCGGAGGAAAGGUCACUACAGCAGGUGGGCAAGGCUACACGCCAGUAUUUGGACCUGGAGGAAGGAGAAACCAUGUCUUCUAGCGCGCAGUCUGCCAGGAGUAGUGGCUCACCAUACAAUCCUCCUUUGUCAGUCUCAGCAGAUGCCAGCAUGGUCCACCAUGCGACGCAGUCUCAGCGACAGGACCCGCCCGCGAUUGUCCCAGGCCUUCCACCUCAGAAAUCGGUGGCACAGCUACGAAUUCAAGCUCAAGGCGCUUUGCUUAGCUUGGCGCCACAUAAUAUCCGCUACAAUGAACUGGUCGCGGAGGGUAUUGACCCUACGAUCUUGAAACGCCUCUACGAAGACGUCGGCAUCAAAGUCACUACUCCACCUGGGCAAUCUUUACCAGCCAGUGAGAAGGCUUCCUCCCCGUCUACAGUUGCUGCCAAGGAACUAGGAUCCAGCAAACCAGCUCAGAUGGCCAAGAUAGCGGCAGAAAAUCACAGUAUCACGAAGUCAGAUCUGCCAGUUGUCCAACCUCCUGCCCCAUCCGCCACCGCUACUUCAAAAUCCGGCAAGCCUCUGGAGCGAAAGGAACUUAUUGCCCGGAUGUUGGCUGAGAAAGCUGCAAAAGCCACAUCCAAAGAGACUUCGCCAACUGGCAGUGUGAAAUCACCUCCUGCGAUACCAGUUGAAGAACCACUGCCAGCUCAGAAGGAAACUCUCAUAAAGGAGAAGAGCAAAGCUCAGACGGAGUUAGCAAGGCAGCGAAUUGAGGAACUGAAGAAGCAGACUCUACUGAAGACCCAAAAAUUGACACAGGCAACUCUGCCGCCCACCCAUGUAGAGUCUCCGGCACCAGCUAUUCAACACCCGCUUCCCGUUCGACCUCCAGUGCCUGAAUCUCGUCGCUCUACUGGGCUCCCCGGACUUCUCAUGACUGGAUUGGAGCAGGGGCCACAUGAAGCUCUUGCUCCUGAGCCGGUACAAGUGAUCGACGUCGACUCAACACCGGUGUCUCGAGCAUCCCAACGCAAGCGCCCUCGAGCUUCCGACUUUGAUGAGCCAAUCGCACCUCCGAAGAAGCAUUUCAACCCAAGUGCGACUCGGUUCGACCCCACCGAUAAGCUGAUCAUUGCAAUCAGCGACGACGAGGAGUCACUUUACGGCGAUGAUGAGGACGACAACAUGGAUUUGGAUUCGAGUUCAGAACAGGAGCCAGCGCCGAUAGUGACCUCGACAAGCGUCAAGCCUUCCGUUCAAUCAAAUCUGCCUGUCACCAGGGCUUCGACAUCCACACCACAAGCCCCUCCUAGUCUCGGUGACCAAGGAGACAUUCGACUUAAAGAUAUGGAGAUUCAAGCUAUGCGCCGUAAGAUCGCAGAGCUCGAACUACGAAGAAAAUCGAAGCUCGCUGCUAGCCGGACCCAGUCACCUCGCAUCCUAGAUGACUCCGGGGCAUCAUCAUGCGGUGGACCAUCCAAUGGGGUCGGCGCUACUUCUGAAGAAGAUUCAUUGAAAACUCAACCGACUGAGGCCGCCCCUAACACGCUCGUACCUGUCACCCCUUCUAGCCAGCAAGAAGCAAUAGCCGAAGCCGAAGCCGCUGUCACCCAACAACCGCCUGAAGAAGUCUCCGCCGGUGAAGUGGUGAAUAAUAUAAUCGAUAACACCGCAGAGGCAUCGGCUUCAUAUCGGUCCGAUUCUGCUGGGUCAGCUAUGCAAGAAUCUGAUGACAGCAGCAGUGAUAGUUCCGAUUCGUCCAGCGAGAGUGAGGACGAAGCCGCCAGCACACCAGUGCAAGUCGAUGCCGACUCUGCUACUGUGCCGUCAUUUUCAGAGCCUAUGGAGGUUGACUCCUCGGAGCGAUCGGCGCCUCGGAGCUCCCCCUCUGCCAUCACCCGUCCUAGUGCAUCUUCCUGCGACGAAUACCCUUCUCAGCGUGACCCUAGCGAACAAUCUCGGCGUGAAAUGUCUGUCGAGUCCGACGGCUAUGAGCCCCCAGAGCCUGAUACUGAAGCUCAGUCGGAAGGCUCGAGUUACAGCCCUCCUCCAUUCAGCCCAGCUCUUUCCGGUCUUGUAGAAAACACAACAGGCUCGGCACCAUCAUUUGACUUGACUCGAUCUGAAAAACUAACCAGCGAGCCUCAUAUGUCAGACGUGUCAGACCCAUUACCUCGGUCGGAUUUGCAGGUCGGCGCUCCUGGCACCGAAACAUCUUCCGCAAUUUCAGAGCAAAAAUUCACGCCGUACACCAGCCCACUGCGAACUUUCAAGGCUUAUCGCUACCACCCGCAUUAUGCCGAAGACGUUCCGAGUGGCUACCGCUCGCUAACUUACAGUCAUAAUAUCGAUUCCAUGAAGUACAUGUGUCCAUAUGAGUUAGCCGGAGGUGUCUGCAAUGACCGAUCCUGCGAGUUUCAGCAUCUUCGGGACAUGACUCUAAGCGACGACAAGAUUCUCGUCCAGAUGGGCUCCGUCCGAGAGGGCCAAACCGAAGAAGAAAAAGAAGCAUAUCUCGCUGGUUUGAAAGAAACCAUCAAUGAUUUACGGCGUGACAAGGUGAAAGAUUUCAACACUGUGGCCUCCGAGAUAGCCGCAUACCGUAGGCGCUUCCUCCAAGACCCAUCCCGUGUCUUGUCCCUGUAA